AUGUUUUUUGACACUGGACAAGUCAUCUACAAUAACGCAUCGGAGGCGACGGAAGACCUGAAGAACAGUGGAAUUUUUCCUGGACUGUCCCGGAAUCGUGGCUUCCGUGGAAGGCAUAGCCACAGCGAAACUGAGACAACUUUCCUGGGAGACAGCUGGUGCAAAGUCCCGCCGGGACCAAGAAACACGUCUGAAACGCAUCCAGAACAAGCUAAAGGAAUUUCGACGCAACAAAGAGACUGCAUGAGAGCUCUUAAAGUUAUGGAUUUUACUUCACCUAUGAUGACCCUGUCUGUCUGUUUGUUCUUAUCCUGUUUGUUCUGUUAUUGGCAAAACAAUAAAAGUGAAGUUUUAGAAAAAAGAAAAAGUACCCAUGAACAAAGACAGAAAAAACACAAAUGUGUAAAAGACAAAGAAUUGUGCCGAUACCAAAAGAAAAACAAAAUAAUAAUAACAAUUUCAGGUGCAUUGUGGGCAGAGAAAUAUGUAAGAGGAGUUGUGGGAAGAGCGAUCACAAUCGAUUGUUACUAUGAAGCAACGUACCGCUCACACACAAAGUAUUGGUGUCAUGGAUGGACUCGUCGCUGUUCAGUUUUAGUGGAAACAAAUGGGCAACACGGACGGAGUGGACGAGUGUCAAUCACAGAUAACCCGGAACAGAGAAUAUUUACUGUUACUAUAGAGCAUCUUCGCUCUAGGGAUACAGGAUGGUACAGCUGUGCGAUUACAACAGCAGUUGCUGAUCCGAGAUUUAAUGUACAUCUACAAGUAUCUGAUGAACAUGUUUCUGUUCCAGUGAUUCAGUAUCAGUCACCAGCAUAUGUGUCACGUCUCGGGGGCUCAGUGUCAGUGUCCUGUGAGUCUUUCCAGGGAUCCCUUCCCAUUCAGUACCGAUGGUAUGAAAAAUCCUCACAUGGUGAUCCAAAGAACUCAGAUACCAAUGAACUGGCUCUACAUUGUCAAUCCUUCAACCAGCAGCACCAUCAAUAUUACUGCCGUGCCUCGAAUCGGCUUGGAGCAAGAUCCAGUGCAAUAGUUAAAGUGACAGUCUUCAACAACGGAGAGAUCUGCAGUUAUGUGACAGAAAUCAAUGGCACCAUUUCAGGUGCUUUAUGGGCAGAAGAUAAAGUAAGAGGAGCUGUGGGAAGAGCGAUCACAAUCGAUUGUCACUAUGCACCAAUGUACCGUUCACACACAAAGUAUUCGUGCCGCAUGUGGAAUCGCCAAUGCACAUCGUUAGUGAAUACAAAUGGACAAAGUGAGCAGUAUGGAAGAACGACAAUCAGAGAUAACACAUCCCAGGGAAUAUUUACUGUUACUAUGGAGAAUCUUGUCUCUCGAGAUACAGGACAUUACAGAUGCGGAAUUGCAACAUCUGGCAAUCAUCCAGCCUUUGACAUUUAUGUAGAAGUUUCUGAUGAACCUGUGUCUGUUCCUGUGCUUCAAUAUCUGUCACCAGCAAAUGUCUCACGUCUCGGGGGCUCAGUGUCAGUUUCCUGUGAGUCUCUCCAGGGAUCCCUUCCCAUUCAGUACACAUGGUAUGAACAAACCUCAUCUGGGCAUCCAAAGAUCUCAGAUACCAAUAAACUGGCUCUACAUCGUCAAUCCUUCAAACAGCUGCACCAUCAAUAUUACUGCAGUGCCUCGAAUUGGCUUGGAGCAAGAUCCAGUGCAAUGGUUAAUGUGACAGUCUUCGACAACGGAGAGAUCUGCAGCUAUGUGACAGAAAUCAAUGGCACCAUUUCAGGUGCUUUAUGGGCAGAAGAUAAAGUAAGAGGAGUUGUGGGAAGAGUGAUCACAAUCGAUUGUCACUAUGCCCCAAUGUACCGUUCACACACAAAGUAUUUGUGCCGCAUGUGGGAUCGCCAAUGCACAUCGUUAGUGAAUACAAGUGGACAAAGUGAGCAGUAUGGAAGAACGACAAUCAGAGAUAACACAUCCCUGGGAAUAUUUACUGUUACUAUGGAGAAUCUUGUCUCUCGAGAUACAGGACUUUACAGAUGCGGAAUUACAACAUCUGGCAAUCAUCCAGCCUUUGACAUUUAUGUAGUAGUUUCUGACGAACCUGUGUCUGUUCCUUUGCUUCGAUUUUCACCAACAAAUGACUCAAGUUGUGUGGACUCCGUGUCAGUGUCCUGUGAGUCUGUCCAUGGAUCCCUUCCCAUUCAGUACUCAUGGUAUGAAAAGAUCCCAUCUGUGGUUUCAAAGAUCUCUGAUACCAAUAAACUGGAUCUCCAUUGUCAAUCCAUAAAAUACAAAAAUCAUCUGUAUUAUUGUAAAGCCUCAAAUACUAAAGGAGAAAAGUCCAGUGAAGGGGUCAAUGUGUCCAUCUCCAACAGUGUCAGCACCUGCAGAAAUGUGAUUGAAGUCAACAGCAUGGGGCCAAUUCAUUUCUGUGAAAAUACUGUGACAGAAUCUACGACAACUACACAAGGGGAUGAAUCUACAUCAGAGAAAAUACAUACUUACACAACUGUGCUCAGUGUCAUUGGGAUUCUACUCAUACUGCUUGUUGUUUGUCCACUUUGCUACCUGAAGAGAAAAAACAGGGAAUCCAAGCACAAUACGUCUCACAGAGAAGGCAACAAUGAAACCCAGGAAAUGGCCACGUUGGAAGAAAAUGUCGUUUAUACAGAUCUACACCAUGUUCGAAACAAUGAGGCGGCUGUCCAGUCGGCCAAAAAUGAAACUGGAAUUGUGUAUGUAGAUGUGAAAUUUAAAAAGAAAUCAAGAGCAGUCUACUCCGUUACUGAUGAGGACAACGUCACCUAUGCAGAUAUCAAAUUUCAAACCCAUUGCGCAAAGCCAAAACGGAAAGUUUUCUCUCCUCCUACUCCACAAGACUAGGAAUAAGCUUGACAAAAUAAUUAUAUGGCUAGAUUGAGGCAGAAGAGUUAGGUUUUUUAUUCAGUUCACCUGUACACCUGCUUGUUAAUGCAAAUAUCUGAUCGGCCAGUCAUGUAACAACUCAAUGCAUAAAAGCAUGCAGAUAUGAACAAGAGGUUCCGUUGACAGUAAGUUAAAUUACCAUUUGUUACAGCAGUGGUUGUAGAAGAACACUCCUCAAUGCACAACAUGCCGACAUGCAUGCUUUCAUGCAUCGAGUUGCUGCCACAUGAUUGAUUAGGUAUUUACUCUGACGAGCAGAUGUACAGAUGUACCUAAUAUAGUGGCCACUGAGUGUAACUCUUCUGCCUGAAUCUAUCCACGUAAUUACUUUGUCAAGCUGAUUCUGAGCUGCUUCUUCCACACACCCUGCUUUCCAGUUCCUCUUCAUUGGCAAUGAGGGUCUGAGUCCAGAUCAUCUCUGUGUGACUGCCCGUUACGCCGCUGCGUUUGGGGCAGCAGCGCAGGUCCUCCGUCUCUGGUGGUGUUCAGGGUUUCCUUCAUCAUGUCAGUAGCUUCCUCUCAGUUUUCACUACUGGUCAUCAUGCAAGUCCUGGGCGGAGUUUCAAGAAUACCAUCACACUCAGAUACAGAAGGAAUUUUCAAUUGCUGUUUCUGUAACAGUCUUGUUUUACCAGUCAGGUUUGUCAGGCCCGAUCUGAACGCACCGAAGCUGGAGGACUGGUGGAUCACCCUGAUUGUCUACCCUUUGAGCUGUUUGGAAGUGUAACCCUAUCAAGAGCCAAAGCAUAAUGCCUUGAAUCCAGUCAACAUAGCUCUCCGGGUCUUGAGGCACACAAGCCUCCAAGCCACGACAAAAUUGUGGUCCCCUUGAAGGCUCGAUCAUCUCUACAGAUGUUAAAAUGCUCUUGUCCCUCAUUCUGACUUCUACAAUAUACACUCUGGCACCCCACUCCCAACACCCCCUCUUCAGUUAUAAUUUCUUUCAGCUAUUUAAAUACUAACAGAGUGAUUAUCAUGUUCCAAUUAUAUAGAGCUCUGUUAAGACUGCAUCUGGACCAUUUUGUAUAGGUCUGGUUCAUCCCACCUGAGGAAGGAUAGACUUACAAUGGACUGAGUACAGCCAAGUUUUCCCAGAAAGAUUCUGUUGAUUUUGAGUUUGUUAUUUCAUGAGAGAUUGCUAUAUGAGUCUGACUGAAAGUCUAUUUUCUCACUUUCAGAGGCCAUUUCAGUGAAACAAAAAGUAUUGAAUUUAGAUCAUAUCAGGGUAUAACACAGAGAAAUGCUCUUUGACUCACCCUCCCUGUGCUGACCAUUAUUCCAAUCUAACUAAUCCCAUCUGCCUGCACAUGUUCGUACCUGUCCAUGUGUCUGUUGAAAUACCUUUCAAUGUUGCUAUUGUAUCUGCUUCCACCACAUCCCUUGGUAGACCAUUCCAGGCACCAUUUAUACUCCCUGUGUAAAAAUAAUCUCUCACAUCUCCUUCAAAGAUUUCCUGUGCUCACCUUAAAUGUAAGUCCUUUAUUAUUUUAUACAUUUACCCAGGGAACUAUGACUAUCUCCCCUGUCUAUGCCUGUCAUAAUCUUACACACCUUUCCAACAGGUCGCCCCUCAGGCUCUGACACUCCAACUUUGUCCACGCUCUCCAUAUAGCUAUUACACUCUAAUCCAGGCCAAACCAUGGUUAACCUCUACUGCACCAUCUCCAACUCUCCACAUUCUUUCUAUAGCAUGAAGACUAAAACUACACACAGUUACUCCAAAUAGUGCUGAAGUUUUAUACAGUUGCAACAUGACUUUCCAACUUUCAUACUCAAUGUUGGCAAGCAUGCCAUACACCGCCUUUACUGCCCUGUUCACUUGCAUUGUUACUUUCGGGAGCUGUGGACUUGCAUGCCACAAUCCCAUUGUAGAUCAGUGCUCCAAAGGGUCCUGCCAGUUACUGCAUAAUUUUGUCUUACGUUUGACCUCUCAAAAUGCAACGCCUCAUGCUUGUGUGAUUUGAAGUCUAUCUGUCUCUUCUCUGCCCAAACUCCCAGCUGAUCUAUAUACUGCUGUAUCCUUUGACCACAUUCCUCACUAUCCACAGUUUUGUUUUCUCUACAAAAGUACCUAUAUUUUCAUGAAAAUCAUUUAUAUCUAUUAUAAGUAACAGAGGUCCAGGCACUGAACCUUACAAAGCUCCACUGGUCACAGGCCUCCAGUCAGAUAAUCACCCCUCUAGCACUGGUCUCAGUUGUCUAUCAACAUUCCAACUUUGUUUCUAACUUACAAACCCACUCUGGAUCAUAUGUGACUUAAUUUUGUGGACCAACAUAGUAUGAGGGACCAUGUCAAAAGAUUUACAAAAGACCAUGUCUACAACAUCCACCGCACUCCCAUCAUCAAUCAUUUUCUUCACUGUCAUGUAUUAUUCUGGAGUUAUGAAAUUAUAGACAUAGUUGGUAUUAAUUAAAAGUGGGAACAAAGCUUCCUGAAAUAAAAUGUAAUCCACUGAUUGUCGAAGGGUUUUGAAACCAAUCAUUGAGUGUGGGACGUUCUGAUUCUGAAGCAACACACAAAAAAUGCUGGGGGAACUCAGCAGGUCAGGCAGCAUCCAUCGGAGUGAACAAACAGUUGACACUUUGGGCCGCGACCCUUCAUCAGGACUGGAAAAGAAGGGGGAAGGUGGCAGAAUAGAAAUGCGGGGGAAGGAGAAGGAGCAUAGCUGGCAGGUGAUAGGUGAAACCAGGGGGGUUGGAAAGAGUAAGGGCUGGAGAAGCAGGAAUCUGAUGUGUGAGAGAACAGUAGACCAUCAGAGAAAAGGAAGGAGAAGGGGACCAAGGGGGAAGUUAUAGGCAGGUGAG